GAAAAACCUUCCCCCACCGCCACCGUCAGUAGUAACAGAACCGGGAGAAGAUGCCGAGCGAUAUUCUACUGGUGUUUUUUUGGGGAAGGGAGGCUUUGCAGUCUGCUACGAGGGGACACUAAUGCGGAACCGUCGAGUAUUUGCGAUGAAGGUGGUGAAGUCAGAUAUGAAGAAAAAGAUGCAGGAAAAGUUUCAAACAGAGCUACAAAUCCACUCAAAGAUGCGACAUCCUCAUAUUGUUCAGUUCCAUCGUGCCUUCCAGUUUGACAAUAACAUCUAUGUUAUCCUUGAACUGUGUCCAAACGGUUCUAUAAUGGAUAUGGUCCAGAAAAGAAAGUGUUUGAGCUUGCCAGAGGUCAGACGGUUUAUGAUCCAGCUUUGUGGUGCAGUUAAAUAUCUGCACAAGCGAAACGUCGCACAUAGGGACUUGAAAAUGGGCAAUAUCUUCCUAGAUCGCAACAUGGAUAUCAAGGUUGGGGAUUUUGGACUAGCGGCGAUUUUUGUGUCAGAAAAGGACGAGAAGAGAAGAAGAACCGUGUGCGGCACGCCCAACUACAUUGCCCCCGAAGUUGUCGAUCGAAGCAAGCGUGGGCACACGCAAAAAGUCGAUAUUUGGUCGGUGGGUGUAAUAUGGUAAGAAAUACCUGCCUUUCGUUCCAAGUCGCAUGGGCGCUAAAUACCAGGUUUCAGCUUUGCAAUGCUUUCCGGGUACCCUCCGUUUCAGUCGAAGACUCAGGAAGAGAUUUAUGAAAAGGUGCGGAACCUGGAUUAUGUCUGGCCAAAGAACCCAGAGCGUGGAAACUACAUCCCUGAUGAAGCCAAAGCGCUGGUCGCUUCGUGUCUCAAUCUCGCAGAAGAUGAACGGCCUGACCCUGAUGACUUCGUUGAGCACCCGUUCUUCAAAAUGUAUGAUGGUUGCAUUCCACGACAAUUGGAUUCAGAAUGCCGCCUUACAAAGCCAGUCUGGCUUACGUCAGACGAGCCUCGUGGGGACUGCAUGGUUCCUGGUUAUAGCCUGGACUGCGACGAGAAGUUAGCAGGCUACGCAUCCCACACUGGUGACUACAGCCUACGUUAUCGCUUGUGUAGGAAUGCAUUCUACAGUCUAUGCGGUGUUGGAAGGAAAUCUGAUGGCUCGGCUAGGAAGCCUGCUGGUAGAAACUGGUCUAAAUCGGCAUAUGCUGAGUGCUGUGUGGAGGAUGAAAGGGGCCUCCAGCCUGUGGUACCUUUGCCAGAAGACUCGGUCUAUAAAUUUCCGCACGAUUGCGAGGGCGAUUGGAGCGUCCCUGAGUCUAUUUUUACCGGCCACAAGGACGAUUCCACAACGAAGAACAGUACCAGAAUCCACCAACGCAGCGUGUCUCUCCGGAGUAACACUGCAUCGCUAAACCGGACUCAAGCGGCCCUUGCAGCGGCUCAAGAGAGACGAAGAGGGUCACUGAGCCAUGCGGCUACCCUUCGACAACAGGCCGUGUCUGGUAGGGGUUCUGUAAGAAAGAUUACAGCAAUCUGUAACCCCGAAUUACCCCCAGUGCCACCUUUGCUUGAUCUGAAGGAGUUGCAGUCGGACAUUGUUCCUGUCUCGGCAGUGCCCACCGGAGGACUGGCAGAACGCCCUAUCCGCACGCGCUGCGGAAUUGCUGCUCCCAGCUCUCGAUCGCUGCGUGAUUUGGAUGAAAAUAUGGUACCGCAGGUGUCCAGGCCAGUCAAUGUUUCCAGCGUAUUAACAGUGGGCAAGACUCGCUCUCAAUCCCGGAGACUGGAAGCUGCCAAAAAACACCAGUCUGAAACAGCAGCAGUUGGUAGAGAACGUACCCCUUCAACGUCUAGUGCAUCCUCAUCCAGGACGCGGAAUCCCUCAUUACGCAUAGCAUCAAGAGGGGAAUCGAGAGAUGCUCUGCGGCAAAAGGAGCAAGAUGGCACAAGAUCAAGGGAAGAGACCUUAGGCAGUGCCCAUAACUCUCGUGGACAACCAGAGCGGAAUGAUCAUGCCAUGAGUCGGGCAAGCACCAAGACAUCAUCUUCUGGAAACAAGCCUUCUUCCACCCUUGGGUCGAACCCACUAUUUCAUUCCGAGGACGAAUGUGAGCUUCUGCCAGGCACAUCGCUCAAUGAGGUAAAUGUAAACUUGCGCCUCAUGCUCUCCAAUCUCAUUCCUCACUCUUCCACUCGCCGACGGGGGCGCCCAAGAGGGGAACCACAUACAUAUGUUAUAAAAUGGGUUGAUUACACGAAUCGGUAUGGCAUCGGAUACGUCCUCGACGAUGGCACUGUGGGAUGCGUCUUCAAGGGUGAAAAUAGGCAACCCGCGAGCUGUGUAGUAGUGAGAGAUGGAGAAAGGCACUUCCGCCGUAAAGCUCGGGCCCUGGAAAAGCCUGACAGAGCAGACUAUGCAUACUCGCAAGCAGAUCAACUUAUUCCACAAAACGGGAAGGCAGUUGAAUUCUAUGAGAAUUUUCAGGGACCUUCUGAGUUCCUUGGUAUUCGACGGGCAUUGGUGCCAGCAUCGAUGUUCCAGGUUAAGGGACCCCAUUCUGCUAGUUCUGGUUCGGGAAUUAAGGUUCACACCAGCUCUAGUGUUGAAUGCUCGCGAAGUGACGCAGAGAAGGUCAAAAGAGUCAAGCUGGUCGAUCAAUUUGGCAAGUACAUGAUCAGGUCCCUGGGCAGACUUGCAGACGAAGGGGCUCAAGACAACUGCCCGGGUGAAAACGAGGGACAGUAUAUCAAGUUCUAUCAAAGACUGGGCAACGUCGGUGUUUGGGGGUUUGGCGACGGUGCUUUUCAGUUCAAUUUCCCCGACCAUACGAAGCUCGUCAUAUCUCCAGGUCGUACGCGAGACUCGUCUCCCUGGAUAGACUUCUACCAUCUGUCUGCUUCAGCGGCCCGCUAUCUCUCUGCGAAGGGAAGGAUGCACCCGUCUGGGUUUGACACACGCGCUAUCGCUUCGGAGGAGGCAUCAAUUCUCUUAGCCAUUGCUGAGGGCACAUUGAUGAGCACUGCGAAUGAAAAGAUACAAGAGGUUCUGGAGGCAAAUUCUUUCCUGCAGAAAAUCAGUUUCAUCCGGAAUGUGUUGAAGACUUGGAUCAAGCAUGGGCGGCUGGGAGGUCGACCAUCAUCCCAUGCGCUUUCCGGUGAAAGGCAACCUGACGAAAAGUCUUUUCCGUCGGAGCUCUACUGGGAGGGGGCUCAGGAGCUUCCACAGCCCGGUGGGCCCGGGGGUAAAUUUGUUUGGGUUACAGUAGGAGCUCCUGGUGGAGACGGGGAGUACCGUGCUAUAUCGUUGAAGCCAAGUGAGAAAUAGACUUUGAAGCAGUCGGAAAGGUCUGUGGCAGAGGAUCAGGAAGUGGCUGCUCGAAGGGAACGGAUACAUGGGUUGGGCCAGAAGGAUGGCCGUGUGUAAAUACAUACUGAGUGAUCGUCUUUCUUUUUCGUUUGUUUUCUCUUUGCGACUCUCUUUAUACCCUUUUUGUUGGUUGAAGACUUCACGAUUGCCUCUGACUGUAUCCUAAUGCUUUGAACGAAUUCUACUUUGGAUUAUUAGAGAACUUCCCGAUAGCACUUAAUUAUUGUCGUCAAUAAGGAUCCCAAACAACCUGCCUGUUGUCUGCGUCAAAU